GAUGCUGAGUUGUCUGAUGCAACGUUGAAGUUCUUUACGAGUUCAGAAACUCCGUACAACACGUCCAGAGAGCUAACCUGAGGUCCGGGACGACAAGCUAGUUGUUCAACUGGCAAGUUAUCUUGUUAGUAGUAGCACCUCUCCUGACCCCGAGCUUCCUUAGUCGGUGUGGUUCAUGACUGUUUCCCUCGGGGACACGCACGCAUUAGCGCUCAUCAUGCCGGUCCGAGCGGAGUGCUGUAGCAGCGCCGCUGCGGCCCUUACAUCCUCAGCCUCUCUUAUUCCUCCCCCGCCUAUAAACACGCACCAGCCCGGGGCUGCUACCUCGCUGCUGUACAGCGGUUCACAGUUUCGAGGGCACCAGAAGAGCAAAGGAAACUCGUAUGACGUUGAGGUCGUUUUACAGCAUGUGACCAUGGAAGACUCCUAUCUCUGUGGUUACCUGAAAAUCAAAGGCCUAACUGAGGAGUACCCCACUCUCACCACGUUUUUCGCAGGAGAGAUCAUCAGUAGAAAGAGGCCUUUUUUAACCCGGAAGUGGGACGCAGACGAAGAUGUGGACCGCAAGCACUGGGGGAAGUUUCAGGCUUUUUAUCAGUAUGCGAAGAGCUUCAACUCUGAUGACUUUGAUUACGAAGAGCUGAAAAACAGUGACUUUGUCUUUAUGAGGUGGAAGGAACAGUUCCUGGUCCCAGAUCACACCAUUAAAGACAUCAGCGGAGCGUCUUUUGCUGGCUUCUAUUACAUCUGUUUCCAGAAGUCCACAGCCACCAUUGAGGGUUACUACUAUCACAGAAGCUCAGAAUGGUACCAGUCGUUAAACCUCACUCACGUCCAGGAAAACAGCAUGCCCAUAUACGAGUUCCGGUGACACCUGCAGGCUGGCAGAGGAGAGGGUUUUGAUUGGCACGACCCAAGAGACACAUCGAGGGUGGGGAUCACACCAAGGACAUACUGAACAGUCUCCCCACUGACGGGGGCGAAGGUGGACAGGCGAGACGUAGGAUUGGAUGAGGCCACCAGUAGACUCUUCUUUCCAGCCUGCCAGUAUAGACUGCAACCGUUUGGAUGACCAGCACUGUUGUGUUUGGAUCUCCUUGCUCUUUCUCCUUACAGGUUCUUGUUUUUUAAGCUUAUUUUCCUCUUUUCCUGCCAUGUUGAAGCUCUCUCCCUUUUACACUGAGGAAUUUAGAAUCCUUGUUUGUUUUUUCAGAAAUUGAGAAUCUGCCAAUCAAGUGUUAUUUUUCUUUCCUUGUGGUUCUGGAUUGGGUUGCGCGAGUUUGAUGUUGCUUUUUAAUUUAUUUUAAGUCUGUCUUAUUGAAUUGAGGUCUGAUUGACCGAGCUACAGUGAUCAAGCAGUCAGUGAGAUGAUUUAGGUCUCCAUCGGAAGAUAUUAAGGUGUGACAUAAUUAAGGGUGUGCAUUUGCAAGUAUUCUUUAGAAAAUUGAUGGUCAGUGAUCUUCCAUGAUGCAAGAUCUGACAUCUUAGUCGGAUGGCGUAUUGGCAAAGGUUGAUGGUUAAAGGCAGGGUAUAAUCAAAGGUUUAUUGUGGGCUGUUAAUACACAUACAAUAUUACAACAAAGAAUGCUUAAGCUCUGAAAGUGGAGCUGUGGAGCUGACAAUGUAGGCCACAGGUGUCAAACUGGUUCCACGGAGGGCCGAGUGUCUGCAGGUUUUCGCUCUCAACUUGUA